AUUACUUUGUGUGUAAUCUCAAUACCGGUCAAAGCAGUGAUUUUUCUCUUCGAAACUGCCUUAGAUAAACAGACAUCAGAGACGCUCCAGCUGAACCGGUCAUUUCUGUCUCAGCAGCCUGCACAAUCCGAGCCGAUCUCCAUGUCUGAUGCGAGGGAACCUGAACCGGCUUCCGGUUCACUUAGUGAAGAAGCUUCUGCUGUAUCUUCGCCAAACACGGACACUGCUUCGGCAAAAGAAACGCUAGCGGUGAAAUGUGACAGCCCGCCCGUCGAUGUGGCUGAAGUGACACAUGAGUUAGACAUCAUCAAUGGAAGAGAGACCAGUGGUAACGUCAGCACAGCACCGGAGGCACAACAAAAACAAGGCAGCGAUGCAGCAGCGGAGUCGGGCUCUGCCAGACCAACGCUCCAGGGAUACGGAACCUUCGGGGAAUCUGUGCCCGGACGAUCCGAAAACAUUUGCAGCACUUCAGAGACGGAGAAUGAGGAAGCGAUGCUCCUGCCCAGUAAUGCUUCGAAUAAUCAGGACUUGUCGAACUGGAUGGUUUUCACGAAUCUUACGAAAGCCUCCAUGGGAACGGGCAUACUUGCUAUGCCGAUGGCUAUACGCAACGCUGGUUUGAUAGGACUUCCCUUGUUUGCAGCUAUAGCAGUUGUCUGUGUCUACUGCAUCCAUCUACUGGUGCGGUCUUCCCGUACACUCAGAAGAAGACUAAUGGUUCCAGCCUUGGAAUACGCGGACACUGCUGCUGCAGCUUGCAAGACCUCGAGGUCACCGGUCGUGCGGAGCAUUGCUCCAUUUGCCAGAGGUUUCACGGAAGUCGUCUUACUGGUUUACAUGAUAGGAGUUUGCAGUGUCUACGUGCUGUUCGUUAAAGAAAACUUAAAACAGCUCAUCGACGUGUCCUGCAGAGAAAAUGAGUGGAGUUCAAUUGAUUAUUUUCUGCAUCUGGGGCUGGUUCUAAUGGUUCUGGUUGCUAUACCAAACUUGAGUAGCCUCAGCAUCGUCUCUUCUAUUGCAAACAUAACAAUGGUUGUUGGCGUGGUGAUGUGUCUAGCCAUCAUCUGUUACCAAAUAUACGUUGACCAACAAGCUGCACCAGUUGAAUACAACAGGAAAAUGGAUACAUGGUCGAAUGUAACAAUAUACAACGUUACAGUCGAAGCUUGGGCUGGUUGGGAUAGAAUACCGCUUUUCUUUGGGACCGCCGUCUUUGCACUCGAAGGAAUAGGAGUGGUAUUGACGCUCGAAAAUCAGAUGAAGGAUCCUACUAAUUUCCUGAAAGGCUGUGGCGUUCUGAAUUUUGCUAUGGCCAUAAUUGCUAUCCUGUACAUUCUGAUGGGCUCCUUGGGUUACUUGGCAUACGGCGAGAAAACGAAAGGAAGCAUCACACUGAACCUUCCACCAGAUAACACCCUGGCGUUGUGGGUGAGAAAAACUGUGACGCUGGCAAUAUUUCUGACGUACCCGCUGCAGUUCUACGUGCCGGAAGAGAUCCUGUGGAAAUGGAUGAACGUGAUAAUGCAGUCUUGUUUCCGUGUGGUGUUGCCACAGCGCCUCACGCACUGGGCCGGAAGGCGCGAAGAGGUCGGUCAAGCGCCCAGGUUCCUCUUCAAAGUACUCCUCAUGCUGGCCACAGUCUGUUUGCCGCUUAUCGUACCGAGACUGGGUCCAGCAAUUUCACUGGUUGGCGCAGUGUGCCUGUCGAUGCUCGGGCUAAUACUCCCAACGAUUAUUCAUGCGAUCACAUACUGUGAGGAAAUAUCUCAGAACAUAAGAGAACCGGCGGUAUGGUCGCUUAUGGCUUUCCACGUUAUUAUAGUUAUUAUUGGUCUUCUAGGCUUAAUUACUGGUACCUACGUUAGCUUGAAUGAGUUAAGUCAAGAACCUGUAUCAUUAAAUGCAGUUAUUGAGUAAUUGAUAACGAUGAAAUACUUCAGCUAUGGAAGUUUCAUUGCGUAAAACUGUAGCUAGCAGUAUUUCAAAUUGAUCUUACGUUUACAGCUGAAAAUUGUAAAAAAAUUGGUAUAAGAUCAUUUUUUGCUCUGUGAUACGCGAAAAGCGUAAAGGCUUAAUCUCCUAAAUUUUUAUGUAAGCAUUUUUACAUAGCUCAUACAGUUAACUCAGUGUUAUUGACUUUAUUUCUAAGUUUAAGGCUUUUCAUUCAUGCCAUGUAAACAAGUGAUACAUCAUCCAUAACAACCAUUUGAUACAUAAAAUAAAUUGCUUUUAAUGUUUCGAAAACAUUCAGAA